AUGGGAAAGGGUAAGUCAUCCCUUCCGGAUUUCUACAAAGUCGUUCAAUUGAAGCCAGACUUGACGGAGACUCGGAUACAACGAGGGAGUUUUCUGCUAAGAAAAAAGGAGAGCUUGACCCAGCGCAACAGGGUUUUGAUUCAGUGUUAUCAGUCGAGCCGAACCACAACGAGGUGGCCGCCAAAUUCGAGCACAUCAAUUAGAGCCGGGCAUUGCCUGCCAAAGGCCAUUGAAACGAUGAUGUGGGAUGGAAGCCUCUACACGAUGCCUGCCAAAUGCUAUAAACACCCGGGUCACACGCAGCAAGCGUUUGCAGAUCAA